UAGCAAUGGCGGAUGGAUGAUGCCAUCGCCAGUACAAAUUCGUCAGACACACCACAUAACGUAUCAUAUCAUAUCAUAUGCAUAGUAGCCACCAAGAGAAAUUAAUCAAAUGUAUAUUCGCAUCUGUUUCUGCUCCUAAAUUGUAGUAUUUGUAUCUAAUCCUCAGAAAAUUAGCAGCAGAAGAAGUAGAAGAAGAAGAAGAAGGGUGCAAGUUUAAGAAGAACAUGCCUGCAAGUUUGGAGCCGUUGGAUACGGCGGUGCAGAUCCCUUGCCAUUUUCGGUGUCCGAUUUCUCUGGAACUGAUGGUGGAUCCGGUGACCGUUUGUACCGGUCUAACGUACGAUCGUUGCAGCAUAGAAUCAUGGAUCGCCACCGGGAAUACCACGUGUCCGGUUACUCGGACGCUCCUCACGGAUUUCACGCUGAUUCCGAACCACACUCUGAGGCGGCUGAUUCAGAGCUGGUGCGUUGCGAAUCACUCGUUCGGAGUUGAGCGGAUUCCGACUCCGAAGCAACCUGCCGAGCCUAGUUUGGUUCGGAGUUUGUUGAGUCAAGCUUCUUCUGAAUCGACCUCGUCUGGAUUGAGAGUUUCGGCUUUGAGGAGGAUGAGGGGACUUGCGCGUGAUUCGGAGAAGAAUCGCUCUGUUAUUGCUGUUAGUAAUGCGACCAAGGUUUUGCUGCCGAUGGUGUUCGCCGAUGUUCGGUCGGACUCGGAAUCGUCUGAUUUGAAUCUCGAGAGUCUCGCGAUUUUGUCGAUGUUGUCGCUUUCUGAAUCGGAUUGCAUGUUUGUUGCUGGUGAUGUCGAUCGCGUCGGAUAUCUGGUGAGUUUACUGUUCCAUUCGUCGAUUGAUGUUCGGGUGAACGCGGCGGCGGUGAUUGAGGCGAUUGUGGCGGGGAUACGCUCGCCGGAGCUCCGAUCGCAGAUCGGCAGCGUUUCCAGAGUAUUCGAAGGUGUAGUCGGAAUUUUGAAUUACCCGUUGUUCUACGCGAGGGCGGUGAAGGUAGGGAUCAAAGCGCUGUUCGCGCUGUGUUUGGUGAAGCAGAACCGGCAGAAGGCGGUGGUCGCCGGAGCGGUGGAGGCGUUGGUCGACAGACUCGCCGAUCUGGAGAAGUGCGACGCGGAGAGAGCGCUGGCGACGGUGGAGCUUCUCUGCCGGAUUCCGUCGGGAUGCGCGGCGUUUGCAUCGCACGCUCUGGCGGUUCCCCUGCUGGUUAAGAUCAUCCUAAAGGUAUCGGACCGCGCGACGGAGUACGCCGCCGGGGGAUUGCUGUCUCUCUGCUCGGCGUCGGAGCAGUCCCGGCGGGAGGCGGUGGCCGCCGGCGUGUUAACGCAAUUACUAUUACUCGUUCAAAGCGAUUGUACGGAACGAGCGAAGCGUAAAGCGCAAAUGCUGCUGAAACUAUUGCGGGACUCGUGGCCGCACGAUUCACUCGCUAGUUCCGAUUAUUUUGCCAGAAACGACGUCGUUCCGGCGUUGUGACGUGUCAUUUUUUUCUUUUUUUUAUUAUUAAUUUUAUUUUAAUGUUCAGCUACAGUUGCAUUUUUUUUAUGGAAGGGGGAACACAACAAUAGGUUAAAAGCGAUAAGGUACAUUCAGCUCGUGCACUUAACUUUAAUGAUGAUAUAUACUUCUCAGUUCG